AUGUCUCGACUUACGAUUCUCUUUGUCUUCGCUGUGGCGUAUGAAGUACUUGGAGAAACUGUGACAAAAGGCAAGCCCGCUGCGGACUCCAAAGCCGCACAAACCGGAUACCUCUCCCCUGUUAUCUUACCUGCACCUAUCCACGGCGGAAUCGGCUUUGGACACGGUCUAGGCGGUGCUGGACUUGCCGGAGCAGGUCUCGGUGGUGUGGCUCUUGCGGGAGCAGGUCUCGGUGGAGCGGGUCUUGUGGGUGCGGGACUCCUAGGCCCGGGAUCGUCUGCCCCCCUUAACAACGCCGGUGCAGCAGGUGCAGCUCAACUCAGCGCCAUCCAAAACGCUCAAGCCGUCCAAGCAGCUCAGAUCGGAAACGCCGCCGCCGCCGGUAUCCAGAGCGCACGUGUCACAGAAGUAGCCGCAAGAGCCGGACAAGCCAAUGCCAUUCAGAACGCUCAGGCUUUGGACGCCACCCGUAUCGCCAACGUACAAAGAGCCCAGGCAGCCGCCCUAGAGAACGCGAGAGCCGCGGAGGCGGCGAGACGCGCCGCAGCCGCGAGCGCCUGGGAGCUCUCCCGUGCUGUGGAAGCCGAACGCGUCGCUAACGCAGCCCGCGUCCAAGCCGUCGCAAUAGCUAACACCCGUGCCUUGGAAGCAGCUCGCAUCGCCAACGCAGCCAGAGCUCAGGCCGCAGCCGUGUUGAGCACUGCCAACCAAGCGAGCGCUGUCGCUGACAACGUAGCGCGACAAGACGGCCUCUUGCUCGGCGGAGGUCUCGGCGCCGGUUACGCCGGCCUCGGUGGUGCCGCAGUCGUGGCUGCAGCCCCAGUGGCGGUGGCGGCCCCGGCCUACGGUGGCCUCGGAUACGGACAAGGUUACGGACAUGGCUACGGACAAAGCUACGGAUACGGCUACGGACACUAA